AUGUUUUCACGCCAAAAUUCGGUGCGAAAAGACUCAAGAGUCGGGGAAACGACGCAAGGCUUUGAGACCUGGUCCGACGACAUCGAGAUCAAGAUCACCUUCUCUGACUUCUGCGCCGAAUUUCAUGGAUACUUCACCGGUUCUGCAGUUUUGUUGCAAAAGUCGCAUCACUUCAGAUACUCACCAUACAUCCUCGAAUGCUGUCACAAUCUCCUCUCAGCAGGCUCUUUUCCAUCAGAUCGACAUCUCCCGUAUAUAAUCUAUCUUCAAAAACUCACAGAAGAAGUCGAUGAUGCUGUUAUCGAAGCAACAGGGACAACGCGAGGAUCAAGACCAGCACAACUACCCGCCGAACUUCAACGAAUCAGAGAACGAUAUACAACGACAAAGCAAGCCUUUCCAUUCCCUCUGAGUGAAAGUCCUACCAUUCUUCUACAAAUCCACGUUCUCGAUCUUAUCAUCUGUCAACCUUCACCAGACGGCAUGUCCUACGGUCCAGGUGGUUUCCAGAGUCUUCAACAAGGAACAGACCAAACUCGUCUUCUCGACUGGCUUUCCCAAAGCAUGUCGGCUGCAAAAUCACUCAUAAGCGUGAUCCUCAUCCUUCCUCAAGGCGAAGAAGACAGUAUGCCCAAUAUCGGCUGGAUAAUGCUCUACUGCGCAGUAUCACUAGCCGUUCGUCUCGAUCUUAUUGCCGGACAGCCUGAAAACGCACAAGUUGCAGGCCAUCUUCGUCGUAUUCUCGACAUGCCGCAUACUCUUCGUCAGAUCGUGCUGAGAAUGGAGGCUGCUUCGGGUGGUGAUACGGACCCAGAUCCAUAUUGGGAUCUUGCGAGACGAGCAAGAAGGAUCGAACAGUGGUAUCUUGAACGCAGUGGUCCUACCGAGUCCCCUGAGGUCGGGAGUCUCUUUGGCUCAAACGAAGCAUCACCAACGAACCCGUUCUCAGGAGACAUGGGAUUCACACCAUCAUCGUUUCAAGACACGGGUAUGGUACCGAGUCUACAAAUAACGGGAGAACCAGAACCUUGGAUGACGGAUCUACUGGCAGAUCUCGAAGUUGACAAAGAAAUGGAGAAUCUGCUCUUCACAGGACCAUUCGACUUUUUGGGUGAGCGAUGA